UUCAUUUUUUAAUUAAAGCGAAUGAGUAAUUUUAUUUGAAUUUUCAAAAAGUAUCCUUUGUUUGAAAUAUUUAUAAUAAAUUAUUGUUUGAUGUUGUUGCUGCUGUAGAUAUGAAUCCUGUUGUCAAUGAAAUUUAUCGGCAUAAUUUUGGCAUAAAAGGUCAUUAUCAAAGAAAUUUAAAAUCAUUUACAGUGAAAGAAAUAGAUGAUAUGAAAAUAGAUAUCAUAACAAUGAGUCCACCAUGUCAGCCAUUCACAAGGGUUGGAUUAAAGAAAGAUAUAGAGGAUGCUAGAAGUGAUUCUUUUUUGCAUAUCAUGAAAAUUCUUGUUCAAUUGCAGAGAAAACCCUCUUAUAUAAUUCUAGAGAAUGUUAAAGGUUUUGAAGAUUCAGAAGCAAGAAAUGUUUUAAUAAAAACUUUGGAACAAUGCAACUACAGGUAUCAAGAAUUUUUAUUGUCACCCAUAGGUUUUGGUGUUCCUAAUUCAAGACUUCGUUAUUACAUGACUGCUAAGUUGGAAUCUCAGCCAAUUACAACUACUGAUGUAAAGAUAUUCAACAUCAUUCCACAUUCAAAUUACAAUUGGAAAUCUCAUUGUUUAAAAUGCAUUCACAGUACUUAUAAUAUGUGUAGUUUAAAACAUCAUCUAGAAGAAAAUAGUCCUGAUUAUUUUAAACCUUAUCUUGUACCUGAUCAUGUUCUUCUAAAACAUUGGACAGUUUUAGAUAUUGUUGAUGAAACUAGUAACACCUGCUGUUGUUUUACCAAAGCAUAUAGUCAUUAUGCUCAAGGAACUGGAUCUAUAUUUGUCCCAAUAACAGAUUCUUUAAAGGUGACUGAAAUUUUUAAGCAGGUUGCUUGUGUUGAUGACAACAAUUCUAAAUUAGAAUUACUGAGAAAUUUGGGACUUCGAUAUUUUACUCCCAAAGAAAUAUCCAAUAUCAUGUGCUUCCCAGAUUCUUUUAACUUUCCUUCUUCUAUAACACUGAGACAGAAGUAUAAAUCAUUAGGAAACAGUCUAAAUGUGUUUGUUGUCACUUGCUUGAUACAAUCAUUACUUAAAGAUGAAAUAUUUUCCAAAAAUUGUGAUAAUGAAAAUGAAGCCACUGAAAAAGAAUAAGGAUACUUGUGUGUAUAUGUGAAUAUGUAAAUAAAUCUUUUAAGUUAA